AUGAUAUUCAAAACAAUCCUCGCUUCCUCUCUAUUGCUCUCCGUUUUAGGUCAGGUAUGCUUGGCCGAUGGCAGUAUCCACGAAAAUUCAGAUCCCGAUACUGCUUCUGCAUGCGGAAGCGUGGCACACGCUGGUAAGAUCAAGUUGGGUGCCAAGGAACGAGAGCGAGAAGAUCCACGUUGCCCUUACCGCGAAAGAAGAGGCUGCACUGGCCGUGGCGCCAAAGGCUACGAUCAGUUUGACGGCCCAUAUGGGGCUAGAGAUCGCGACGAUUUUGAUGGUCCAUAUGGGGCUAGGGAGCGCGACGAUUUUGAUGGUCCAUAUGGGGCUAGGGAGCGCGACGAUUUUGACGGCACAUAUGGAGCUAGGGAACGAGGCCGAUUUGAUAUUGAAGCUAUACGAGGCUAUCAUGACGACCCUUCUCGGCCUGAUCGCGAUCACCACCACGAUAUGGAAUCUUAUGAUGACCCGUAUCGCUAUCGCGAGAGAGAUUAUGGAUAUUACUAUUAG